AUGAGCGACCAUUCUCGGGUCUACAUUGGAACCGCCUUUGUGGCUGGUGUCCUCCUCACCCUAGGAUUCGCAGAGCUUGUCUAUCCAGAGCUGGAGCGUCGGCUCCGAGGAACUCAAUCUGGCCGUUCUCAAUCCAUCACUGGCCUGCAGAGUAGUUCAUUAGAACCUUUGGCUGCUAGACCAGGUCCACCGGUGAUUGUGGAAGGCAUUGAGGGCUGUAUUGGAAACACUCCUCUGUUCCGCAUCAAAUCCUUGUCAGAUGCGACAGGAUGUGAGAUUUUGGGAAAGGCUGAGUUUCUCAAUGGGGCAGGCCAGAGCUCCAAGGACCGUGUAGCAUUGAGCAUGAUCGAGAUUGCUGAAGAGAAUGGCAUCCUGAAGCCUCAUUCGGGAGAUACAAUUUACGAAGGCACCUCCGGCUCAACCGGCAUUUCCCUAGCCUCCCUCGCGAGAGCGAAGGGAUAUCUCGCGCACAUCUGCAUGCCAUCCGACCAAGCUAUUGAAAAGUCCAACCUACUCCUCAAACUUGGCGCAAUAGUAGACCGUGUUCCUCCCGCGCCGAUUGUGGAGAAGGACAACUUCGUCAACCGAGCGCGAGCUCUCGCUGACGCCCAAACACUGUCUCCUGAUAGUGGACGAGGGUUUUUCGCAGACCAGUUCGAGAACGAAGCUAACUGGCGAGCUCAUUUUAACGGCACAGGGCCAGAGAUCUACGCCCAGUGCAACGGGAAACUCGACGCCUUUAUUGCCGGGGCUGGAACCGGGGGGACCAUCUCCGGUGUCGCGCUCUUUCUGAAGCCGCGCAUUCCGGAUUUGAGUGUAGUGUUGGCCGAUCCCCAGGGCAGUGGACUGUAUAACCGUGUGCGUUACGGUGUCAUGUUUGAUGUCAAAGAGAGAGAAGGCACUCGGAGACGAAGACAAGUCGACACGAUUGUUGAGGGUAUUGGGAUCAACCGCGUGACCGCAAACUUUGAAGUAGGGAAGGAGCUCGUUGACGACGCUGUCCGGGUGACAGAUGCGCAAGCGCUGGCCAUGGCUAGAUGGCUAGUCGAGAAGGAUGGUAUCUUUGUCGGAAGCAGCAGUGCAGUGAACUCUGUCAAAACAGCAAUGAAGAUGGGUCCGGGUCAUAGGAUCGUGACUGUCCUGUCCGACUCUGGCUCAAGACAUCUGUCUAGGUUCUGGGCCAAAGCUGGAGAUGUCGGCGGUGCGGUAGAUACCAAGCUUGAGGAUGUUCUGAACGCCAAGGACGAUCAAUAA